AAAGAAAAAAUGAAUUUCUUAGUGAAUGCUGUGAAAUUGUACUUCAAUAGGAAUUGGACAAGACAAGACAUGAUGAGUUCUGCGCCAAUUCCCCAGCACGCUCGCACAAGCUUGCAAAUGGUGUUUCUUACUCUGCUCUGUGCCACGUUAGCCGCUGCUUUGGGAUCCCACUUGUUCCGGGAAGAGGAAGGGCGGUUCACAGUCAUUUAUUGUCUAGCAAGUUUCCUCUGGCUUCACUUUACAUCACCAUGGGGUGUGUGGAGGAGGCUCUUGUUCUUGAUAGUUGGUGCCUUUUGCAUCGGUUCUUCUGUUGGCCAUAUUACGGAGUACUUCUUCGAAAUCAAUCUAAGCACUGUCGUGAGAUUUUUGCAAGGUGUAGCAAUUGUCUUUGGAUCUUUCUUGUUUGCAGCCAUGGUACAUAGGGAAAAGAGACAAAUCUACUUCAAUGGCCUGAUCCAAACUUAUAUUCUAAUGCAACUGUCAGGGUUUGAUAUUCAUCAGUGGACGUUAAAGGCAUACGUUCUGCUGGCAUUCUUCAUGGGGUACCUUGUACUAUAUAGCCAAGAGAUAUUGUACGAUGCUCGAUUUGGAGAAAUUGACUUUGUCAAUGGCACAUAUGCCGUCUUCCUACAUUUACCGGCUAUAGUGGUCCAUGCUGUAAGACUCCGCCUGGGUGCGAACAUUGAGCAACACAGACAGAAUUAA